AUGCCCUCGGCCUUCAAGCGCCGCCUGCCCGCGGCCGCUGCGGCGCGUGCGGCAGCCGCAGCGUCGGUGCCAGCCACAGCCGCAGCGGACGGCGGCGCCGCCGCGGCCUCAGCGCCGCCACGCAGCUCCUUCCCCUCGGGCCACGCCAUCCUCGACGCUCUGCUGCCGCAGGGCGGCCCCGUGCGCCUGCUGCUGCCGGCGCCGCAUCUCGGCCACGCGCGCCCACUCGAGGCGCACGAGCUGCCCGCUGCUCACACCGCCGCCGCGCACGCCUCCUCGCUGGCGCUGCUCGGCGCCGGACGGGCCCUGGCGGAUGCUGAGCGCGUCCUCGUCGUGGCGCCGCAGAUCGCCGAGGCGCGCUCGUGGGCAGCACGGAUACCGGCACCGGCACCGGCCGCGAGUGGCAGCAGCUCAACCGCGUCUACUCCAGUCGCUUCUGGCUCUACGACGCCAGCCGCGGCGCUCGCCAAGGCCGCCAGCGACGAGAGCAGCCUGGGCAGUGCGGCGCGCUAUGCGCAUCUCGUGCCGCAGCUCGCGGCCCGCGGCGUGCCGAGUGCAGGCAGCGGCGGCGAGGCUCUGCUCGAUCUCGCACGCACGCUCGGUGUAGAGCGUGCGCAGCAGCUCGAGGCGCAGGGCGCGCUGCGUUGUGCAGCACUGGGAGAGGGCAGCAGCGAGGUGGACGCCGUGCGUGUGCUGCGUGAGGUGCAGAAGGACGGUCCUGUGCACGCUGUGCUGCUUCACGCAGGCGCCGCACUCGACAGCCGUGCCCUCUUCCGGCGGCUGCUGAGCCUGCGCGCGGCGCUGCACGCUUCAUCAAGCCUCACACUGCUCCUUUCGCCGCACUGGCUGGCACAGUGCACGCCUCCUGCGCUUUCUCGGCUGUUAAGUCUCUCUGACUCGGGGCUCUGCCUCUCCGUCUUUGCCUCGCCGCUAGCCGAGGCGUUCCCCGCGUACAGCGGUGCGCUUCGCUGCGCCGUGCAGCGCGCACCGCCGGGUCGGCUCGUGUGCAGUGCGCCGCCCGAACUGGGCUACCGCGCACGGCGGCGGGGCAUAGGCAUCGGCCUGCUGCACCUCGACGUUGGCGGCGGCGUCGGUGAGCGCCGCACCAAGCCCGCCCCGACGGGCGACGACAUCGAGGAGGCGGGCAGCAGCCUGGCGCGCAAGGGCGUGCCGCAUGCCCAUGCGCACGAGCAUGCAGCGCCGCACGAGGACAAGCAUGCACAUACAGCGGACCCGCAGCCAAUACCGCAGCCACCGCCCCCUGAGGCUGCGCCGAAGCUGACAGGCCUGGCGGCGCUGCGGGCGCGAGGUGCUCAGAAGCGGGCAGAGGCAGCGGCAGCAGCAGCUGCCGCAGCUCAACACAGCAAUACAUGACACCUCGGGGACCAUUCAGGCUCUGCCUCUGGCGGAAUGUGUGCUGCACCUGCCUGCGUAGAGGUGCAAGGUCUGCGGCCUGGCGGCGGCAGAGUAUGCCGCCACUUUGAGGGCGUUGCGCUCAGUCUGGCUCGCUGCGGCGACGUGGCCAUCGUGUCUGACACUGCCUGUGAACCGUGCACGCAACCCUGACUGGCCUUCGUGGGGCGCGGGUGGAGCGGUCUCGCCCUGAGCUGCGAGAGCAUGCGCGCCAGUCCUAUGGCGCUUGAAAAUGUGCCAGUCGAGGCGCGUGGCCUGCUCUCCGGUGUCUUGCAGCAGGGCUACUCGUUCGGCUGGGAGGCCGCGCGCGUGGGAACACGAGGACCCG